CUUGUCUGACAGUCAGAGUGACGUUGGCAACACUGCCAGCUAACGAACGAACUGUUUUAUAGUUUUUUUUACAAAAUAAAAUGAUUAAAACUAAAUAAUUGUAAGUGGCAGCUAGCCAAACGAAAACGAACAUAAAUUAAAAUUACAAACGAUUUCAGUAUGUCGAUUCCGAUAUUUUAGCCACUAACACUUAAAGCGAUAUUUACAAAGAGCGACCUUAAACUUUAGUGAAGGCUCCAAGGAAAGGGAAAGUAGCAUUUUGACAACUGAUAAUAUUUAAUAUUAGUCAUCAAUCCAUGAUUAAAAGGUAACUAGGGCAAUACGUGAACUUAUUUAUGCAAAAGAUGGCCAAGAAUCCACAAGAAGUUGUAUUUGAAGGCUGGCUAACAAAGUCACCACCAACCAAAAGAAUAUGGCGAGCUAGAUGGAGAAGGAGGUGGUUUUUGUUGACACAUUCUGGAGAACUUCCUGGUCAAUACAUUUUAACUUAUUACACAGACAGAAACUGCAGGAAACUUAAGGGUGUUAUCAAUUUGGACCACUGUGAACAGGUCGAUUUGGGGCUGAAGCUGGAUGAAAGGAAACUGAAGUUUGAUCAUGUUUUUGAUAUAAAAACUCCAACCCGUACUUAUUAUUUGGCUGCAGACACUGAGAACGAAAUGAGGUCCUGGGUGACUUGUAUUUGCAAAGUUUGUGGCCUGAAGUCCACAAGUGAGGAAGAUGCACAAAUACCAAUGCCCUGCCCAGAUGUGGAGAUUACAGAAGAACCUAAUGAAAGCAGAAGGGUAACGUUAAUGAAUAAUUUUAACGAAACCCCACCUAUCUCGCCUGUUAGUACUAGUCCAUAUAUACCCAUAUCAGAAUGUAUCACUGGGAAAUCCCCCAUUUUUGAUCCCAAGGAUUUCAAGACUCUACUGCAAUACAACAUGAAAAACGCAUUUAUAAAAUCGGAAACAAUACACCACACCAACGACAGUUACGAACUGCCCAGUAGGAACUAUUUGAAUUGUCUGAACGUCCAAGAAGAUCCUAGAUUCUAUGACUGUCCCAGAAAGUUGGCGCCACACGCUCCAAAAAACGAUAUAGACAACGAAAAAAACCAUUCGCCCUUACAAAGUCCCACAGAUUCGGAUAGCGUGUUCAAUGAUGAAGAUUGGACGCACAAUACUUCUUCCGAUUUAAAUACCUCAAAACAUACAGGACGAUCAGAAGGCAGUUCAGACGAAGGUGAAAAUCUGAUAGUCACUAAGAAAUUUACUAAAACUAAUAGCGGCGCACCACCGCCAAGGCCGCCGAAACCCGCCCAUAAAGCCUCUCUGCCAUGUUACCUUAAUCUUACCUCUACGAAAACGGAGAGGAAAGGAGAACCUGAACCUGACUCUUCGAAGCCCGCCGAGCCCCAGCAACCGCCAAAAGUCUUGACAGACGACAUGUACGACUUCCCGAGGUCGCAUCACAUAGAGAGCGAGGCUACGUUAAAGCGAAGGCAUUGUUACAACAAUGCCGCUCCUGUUCCUUGUCCUGACGGAACGAUUUUUAGAUACGAUAUUUCUCCGAAGCCUGGCACGAGUACAACGGUGUUUAGGUACGACUUAGAAGAAUCCCAAGAAGAACCUCCCUCCCCCGCCCAUUCACACUCUUCCUCGGCUCCCGCCUAUUCUAAUUUACCUAGUCCUUCUUUGAGCGCCACUCAACUAAUGCCGCCGCCCAUGGUGAACAGGGAGCUCAAACCAAGAAGAAAACUCUCCGAUUCGCACUCGAUAUCUUCCAAUCCCGAACCACCUUCUCCUCGCAAUGCCCCCUCUGUCGACAGGAAACUGAAACCUCCAACAACUCCCCUCCAGGAGGCUCACCAACGAAAACACUUCAACACAGAAGAAGACCACCGAAAAAUUCGCGCCGCUCCUAGCCCCGUUCCCCCCAAUUUGGGUCGGUCCCAUGACAGCCUUCUGACACAAACCGAAGAACAGGUCUAUCAUCAUCUGGCCGGCAAAAUGCAGUACUUGGACCUCGAUCUCGACGGUUCGACAGCCAGUUUCUCGAGUCACAGUACAAAAACGCCGCCCGUGAAGCACCAGGAAGACACCGUGUAUAAGAAAGUCGAUUUCAUGAAAACUCAGGCGUUCAAUAUCACAAGAAACAUUUUGGAGAAGGAGCGACAAGAACCGCUGACAUUCGUCAAGAAAUGAUAGAGCGACAAUAGGUUUCUUUUUAAUUUUUCUAUUGGUACGUGUGCUGUGUUUAGAAAUACGUUUUGAUAUUAUUUGGAUGGAUGAAGGUUUUUGAAAGAUUGAAUGGUAAAAUGCUGGAGUGGGUAUUAAGAUGGCUGCCUCGUAUUAAUACCCUGAACAUUGUUUUCGGCGACAUCGUAUAUAUCGCACAUAUUUUUUUCAACAUGAUUAAUAAUUAAGUCAGUAGUUUUAGUAUACCAGAUUUCAAAUGAAUGAAAUGCUGAUUAAAUCGGAAGUUUAAAUGUAUUGAAUAUUAAAUUUAAUUAAAAACCGUUUUAUAAUGUCACAGGAUGAUCAAAAUUUUUGAUUUUGAUAGUAGUUCAAAAGUAUUGAAAGAUAAAACCUGCCGAUUCAGGUGGUAGGUCAAAUGUACCAGAUGAUAAAUUGCAUUUUAAAUGGAUGCACGAUGAUGUACAAGGUACAAGUUGCUGAAAAAAAAAAUACAAAUAAUUUUGAAUUCAUUAAUUGCAGUAGUUCAAAUGUAUAUCGGAGAAACCGACAGCUAUUUGUUUAAUUUUUAACUUUUUUAUUUGAAGAUAUAGAAUAACUCAUUAGGGUGGUAUUUAUAAUAAUAAUAAUAAUAAUAAU